CACUGGCGUUUUUGUGUCGUUUACCCCUACUUAUUUGGAAGAACUGUACCUUACUUAAAUAUAUCAUUCUGUCGAAUUCUUCUUCUUCUAUUUUUAUUUUCAUUUUUUUUUACUUUGACUAGAAGUUUAUUAGAUUUAUGAAAGGUUGAUGAUGAUGUUGGUUGGCAAGUAAACGGUCCUUACGAUCGUUUUACCUGUUUCUGGUUUGUAUCUCAGGCUGACUUGAAAAAACUCGCAUGUGGUUUUGGUAGUAAUAGCCCUAUCCUUUUGCAUAAAUGUUUAUUCCUUUCCUCCAAACAGAAUUGGUUUUCUGGACGUGAAAAUUGUAACAGGUCUACCUGAGACUUUUCAUGUUGUAGGAUCACAUUGGGAAUUCGGACGUGAAAAUUUUAAUUGGUUUUUCUAGUUUAUACCAUUUUGCAUUGCCACUUGUUACUGCUGUAUUCAUGGGAAAGUACUUCCAUUGAAUCAGGCUUAUAUGGACAGGUGAAGUUGCCUUAAAAUGUUGACAAGUAAAAACAAUCUGUUUUCACGAUUGGAUACAACAUGUGGAUCUCUUCUCUAUGAAUUACAGUUAAUAUGGGAUGAGGUUGGGGUAUCUGAUGCUGAAAGGGAACGAAUCUUGCUUGAAAUCGAACAAGAAUGCUCGGAAGUCUUCAGAAAGAAAGUCGACCACGCAAACAGGUCUCGAGCUCAGCUAAGGCAGGCAAUUGCUGAUACUGAAGCGGAGCUUGCUACUAUUUGCUCUGCAAUGGGAGAGAGACCAGUGCACAUUAGGCAGUCUGAUCAAAGCUCUGAAAGCUUGAAAGCUGAACUCAGAGCCAUCCUUCCACAGAUAGAGGAAAUGAGGAAGAGAAGAACCGAAAGGAAGAAUCAAUUUAUCGAAGUCCUAGAAAAUAUUCAGAGUAUUAAGAAUGAAAUUAAUAGGUCAGACGGGUUUAAUUUAUCUGACUCAGCAAUCAAUGAAACUGAUCUUUCUAUGAAGAAGCUUGAAGAAUUGCACAGAGAGUUGCAGGGACUACAGAAAGAAAAGAGUGAACGUUUGAAGCUAGUACAGGAUGGCCUGAACUCUUUGUACUCACUGUGUGUUGUGCUUGGUUUCGAUUCCAAGAAAAUGGCCAGUGAGAUUCAUCCGAGUUUAGGUGAAACUGAAGGUUCAAAAAGUAUUAGUAACAGCACGAUAGAUCAACUGGGGACUGUUAUACGAAAACAAAGAGAGCUGAAAUUACAACGAAUGCAAAUGUUACAAGAUCUUGCGGCUUCGUUAUUAGAGCUUUGGAACUUGAUGGACACUCCAACUGAAGAACAGCAGAUAUUUCAGAAAGUUACUCGUAAGCUAGCUGCUUCAGAAGAUGAGAUAACAGAGCCCGACAUGCUUUCUCUUGGUUAUAUUAACUAUGUCAAGGCAGAAGUUUCUCGAUUGGAAGAUUUGAAAGCAAGCAAAAUGAAGGAACUUGUUUUGAGAAAGAAGGCGGAGCUCGAAGUUAUUUGUAGGAAGACACAUCUUAUUCCAGAUACCGAUAGAGUGGAAAUAUCUAUAGAUGCUAUCGAAUCUGGAGCUACUGAUGCCGCUUAUGUACUCGAACAAAUUGAACUGCAAAUAGCUAGAGUUAAAGAGGAGGCUCUCAGCAGGAAAGAGAUCCUCGAAAAGGUUGAAAAGUGGAAAUCUGCAUGUGAAGAGGAGAGCUGGCUCGAGGAGUAUAAUAGGGAUAAUAAUCGCUAUAAUGCUGGGAGAGGUACUCAUCUUACACUAAAACGUGCUGAAAAGGCUCGUGCAUUGGUCAAUAAACUUCCUGCAAUGGCGGAUACGUUAGCUUCAAAAAUCAUUGCUUGGCAAAACGAGAAUGGAAUAAAGUUUACAUAUGAUGGCGGUUUUCUUCUUUCUAUGCUUGAAGAGUAUAAGGUUCUAAGGCAAGAAAAGGAACUCGAGCGAAAAAGGCAGAGGGACCAGAGAAAACUUCAAGGACAAUUACUAGCAGGGCAGGAAACUCUUCACGGCUCAAAGUCUAGUCCAAUGAAGAACAAGAACGGCUCACAGCACGCCGGCAGGCACGCAGGAGAAUCACCCUCAUCGGAAUAUCCUCCAUCAUCCUCAUAGCCGUGGUGGUUGCCGCCGUGGUCGGAGGACUCUCCCACGCCGCGGGCAAAAAAUCCGAAGGCGGCAAUAACUACCAAACCCCAUCAUCCUCCAUAAAA